ACUGUGGGCACAGGCAUCCACCGAGUGUGGGCACGGCUGUCCCGGGACUGUGGGCACAGGCAUCCACCGAGUGUGGGCACGGCUGUCCCAGGACUGUGGGGAGCAUUUCUCCUGAGCAGGGGGCUCCAAGUGGGUCCCACCACUGCGGACCAGGGCUGGGACUGACCAAGAAGGACAUGGGAAGCUCUGCCCCACACCCCACACUGGGAGGGCAGUGCUGGGUACCCUGGCCCCAGGAGUGCUGCCUACUGCAGGGGAAUCCCCGGACCCCAUCCCUCUGUCCCCCUGUCCCCGUUGCCAUGGCGAUGUAAGGAAUUGUCAUUAAUAGUUGUGUGGGUGCUGCUGGCCGGGUGGGCAGUGCUCUGAGGGCUGUGGGGCUGUGAGCCCUCCCCACACCCCAGCAGGGACAGAGCCCCUGAGGGCCGGGCAGAGGAUCUUGCCCAGUGCUACCUGCUCGGUGGGACCCCUGGAACGGGAACGGGGGCUGGCACGGAUGUGUCGCCUGUGCUGAGUGCUACCUGUGGGGACACCGGUGCCGGCCAGGUCUGCCUGUGCUGGGGCUGGCUCAGGCACCCCGUGGUGCUCCAUUUCUCCCGAGGGAGGGCUGGGAGCGCCGGGCUGUGCCCACCAGAGCCCCCAGCCCCAGCAGUGUGGCCGUGGGGCACAGCUGAGGGGCGGCUCUGGUAGCAGCCAUGGGGCCGAGCUGUUCGCAGGACAGCAGGACACUCCCGGGACAGCUUUUCCGGGGACAGCAAGAUACACACCCGGCCAGCCCCUGCAGCACCGCCGGGUCCCGGCCCCAGCGGGUUUCCCUGCCGGGGAGGGGAGGAGGCUGCCGGGAGUCCCUGGCUGCCGCUAGCGCCGGGGACAAAGCCCCGUUCCCUCCGGACCGUGACGGCGGCGGGGCGGGGGCUGGGGCCGGGUCCCGCUGGGGCGGCGCGGGGGCGGUACCGACGGGGAACCGCCCGCCCCCUCUUCCGAGCGGCCCGCCGCCCGGAGCACCGGCGGGCGGGGGGCUGGAGCGGAUCGGUGCGGCCGGGAUCUGCUGGGCACGGCUCGGGGACAGAUCGGUAAAGCUCGGGCGGGGCCGGUUCGGUCCGGCCGGGCGGGGCUCCGCCCGUGGCUGCUGCGCCCGGUGCCGAGGGCGGAGCGGGGCGGGCCGGGCCGUGCCGUACCAAGCCGCUGAGCCCCUUCUCUCCCCGCAGGUCUGCAGCGCCCGGGCGGCUUCGCGGCCGCGGCGGAGCCCCGCGGCUCGGUGCGGGAUGGCGGCGCGGCCGGUGCUGCCGGUCCUGGCGGCGCUGCUGCUCUCGGCGGCUCCGGAGCCUGUCCCGCGGGUCAGCCUGCCCUACGACUCGGCCGAGAGAGUAGUGCGGCGCUUUGAGGCACCGGGGGUGUCCAACUACACGGCCCUGCUGCUGAGCCCGGACGGUGGGACGCUCUACCUGGGGGCACGAGAACUGCUCCUCACCCUCAACACCAGCAACUUUCAGCCCAGCUCCCCAGUUCGUAGGCUGCUGUGGAGUGCAGAUGAGGAGAAGAAGAGGCAGUGUGUGUUCAAGGGCAAGGACCCUCAGAGGGACUGUCACAACUACAUCAAGCUGCUGCUGCAGCUGAACAGCACCCACCUGUACACCUGUGGGACCUGCGCCUUCAGCCCGGCCUGCGCCUACAUCAACGUGCAGCACUUCAGCCUGGAGCGGGACGCGUCGGGGAAGGUGGUGCUGGAGGACGGGAAGGGACGCUGCCCCUUUGACCCCGAGUACCGCUCCACAGCUGUCAUGGUCGACGGCGAGCUCUACGCCGGGACCGUCAGCAACUUCCAGGGCAAUGAGCCGACCAUCUCCCGCAGCCAGGAGAGCCGCAUCGCCCUCAAGACCGAGAACUCCCUCAACUGGCUGCAAGACCCAGCGUUCGUGGGCUCAGCCUACCUGCGGGAGAGCCUCCCUGCCGGCAACCCUGAGGGUGACGACGACAAGGUCUACUUCUUCUUCAGCGAGACCGGGAAGGAGUUUGACUAUUUUGAGAACACCAUCGUCUCCCGCAUCGCACGAGUGUGCAAGGGGGACCAGGGCGGGGAGCGCGUGCUGCAGCGGCGCUGGACAACCUUCCUGAAGGCACAGCUGCUCUGCUCACACCCUGAGGAUGGGUUCCCCUUCAACGUGCUGCAGGACAUCUUUGUGCUCACCCCGGGUGAGCUGCGCUGGAGGGAGACGCUCUUCUAUGGUGUCUUCACCUCGCAGUGGAACAAGGGUGGACUGGGCAGCUCGGCCGUCUGCGCCUUCCCCAUGCGCAGCGUGCAGCGUGCCUUUGGCGGGCUCUACAAGGAGGUGAACCGCGAAACGCAGCAGUGGUACACGGACACCAGCCCCGUGCCAGAGCCCCGGCCAGGCAUGUGCAUCACCAGCCACACACGGCACCUGAAGAUCAAUUCAUCGCUGCAGAUGCCAGAUCGGGUGCUGAACUUUAUCAAGGACCACUUCCUGAUGGACAGCCCCGUGCGCAGCCAGCCGCUGCUGCUGCAGAGCCACCGGCGCUACCAGCAGAUCGGCGUGCACCGCGCGCAGGGCCUGCACGGCACCUACGACGUCCUCUUCCUGGGCACGGACGACGGGCGGCUGCACAAGGCUGUGCGGGUGAACCACGGUGUGCACAUCAUUGAGGAGAUCCGCCUCUUCCCCGACGGGCAGCCCAUUCUCCAGCUGCUGCUGGACCAGGACCAGGGCCUUGUCUACGCAGCCACCUACACAGCAGUGGCCCAGGUGCCCUUUGCCAACUGCAGCCUGUACCGCAGCUGUGGGGAAUGUGUGCUGGCACGGGACCCCUUCUGCGCCUGGAGCCGGGGUGCCUGCCGCAGGGUCGCCCCACAUCCCCCGGCACACCCACAGCUCUGGGCACAGGACAUCGAGGAUGCUGACACGGAGCGGCUCUGCCAGCUGGCCAACGCCUCCCAGCCCCGUCCCCGCAUCCUGCUGCCGCCAGACUCGGGCGCCCCGUGCCAGCAGAUCCAGCUCCCUCCCAACGCAGUGCGGCCGCUGCCGUGCCGGCUGCUCUCCAACCUGGCCUCGCGGCGCUGGCUGCACAACGGGGCACCUGUCAACGCCUCCUACCUGGUGCUGCCCGACGGGGCCCUCAUUCUGGUGGGCAGCCCGGAGCGUGCGGGCACCUAUGAGUGCUGGUCGCUGGAGGAGGGGUUCCGCAAGCUGAUGGCCAGCUACUGCGUGGGCGUGCAAGAGCCAGCCCUUGGGCCAGCAAACUCUGGCAGGAAGGUGGCCGCUGGCCGUGACGCCCUGGAGACGGUCAGCACGUCCCGGAGCACCUCGGCGGUGGGCAGCGCUGCAGCGCGGCUGGACGGCAAGACCUACUGGACCGAGUUCCUGGUGAUGUGCGUGCUCUUCGCCGCUGCCGUCCUCGUGCUGGCCUUCUUUGUCCUGCAGCGGCACCGUGACGGCAUGAAGGCCUUGCUGGAGCCCGGCGACCCCAGCAGGCACCAGAAGCCACCCCGCAAGCCAGUGGAGAGCCUGCCCCUGAACGGCAGCAGCCUGCCCAGCACGGCUCCUGAGCACAAGGGCUACCAGGCCCUGCAGGACAACUACAUCGCCAGUACCCCCGUGCAUGAGCCCCCGGGACCCACACGCACCUUCUCUGAGUCAGAGAAGAGGCCUCUCCACGUCCGUGACAGCUUCGUGGAGGUGUCUCCUGCCUGCCAAAGACCCCGGGUGCGCCUGGGCUCCGAGAUCCAGGACUCGGUGGUGUGACGGGGAUGAGAGCCGAGCCCUCGCUCACCACUGCCUCUGCUCUGCUGAGCCUCACUGGACCGUGCACCACUGCCAGGGUCCAUGUUGUCUGUGUGUGCAUGCCCAGAGCCUGCACCCACCCUCUGCGGCAGCGCCCACCAGCCAGGGGGGUUCAGAGCCCUCCCCGGGCAUCACCUCGGUACUUGUGGGUGUGAGGGGUGCCCCACACCUGCCAGGGUCCUGCAGGGCGGUUCCAGCCCAGCGCCCCUGCUGCAGGGCCAGACACGGUUCCUGGCUCAGGCUGCUGGUGCGGGCUCUGCCAGGCCCUGACCCCCUCUAUGCAGAGGGCAGGAGGGGGCGGCCGCAGACCCCUCGUGCCCCAACUCACUGUGACGUCCCGCUGGGGACUAGGGCCACGCGUGCGGCUGGGCAGUGCCAGCCCCGCGGCAUGUGCUGUGUGUCUGUGCUUGGUUCGUUUUUGAUAUGUGGAAAAUGUGAAUUGUGUCCGGGGAAGGGGAGCUGGGGACAGCUUCCCCUGCGCGGGGUGGGCAGGGACGCCCCCCGGCCCCACGUGUGUGUGCGGGAACGUCUCUCGUUUUUAUAUAAAGUCCUUCAGACACGUC